AAGCAGUGCAUUGUGGAGUAAGGGAGUGGAAUUAUGGAAUUAAAUGUAUGUAGAAGUGGAACUAUAAUAGGUUACGGUGAAUAACAAAGUGAUAAGCGUGAGUUGUGCUUAAAAAUAGACACUGGCCAGUAUUUUAAGCAGUUGUAAAUCCUGAUGUCUGAGAAGAAAAACGAAGUUAAAAAAAAGCACUGUAAAGGCUUCAAGGACGUUACACUUUUUGUGGUUACACACAAACUAAAAUUGAUAGGGUUUUAAGUUGAGCGUAACCAGGAAACUGAUUCAUAGAACUGUUAACUUUUUAUUCUUCGGUGACUAGUAGUUACUAGCUGUUUUUUAUAUGUUGUGCUAGUACCAAACGGAGACACAAUGAGUGAGGUGAUAAUUUGCCAAGCCAGAGCCACUGUCAUGGUUUAUGAUGAUGCCAAUAAGAAGUGGAUCCCUGCAGGUACAGGGCCUCAGUGUUUCAGUCGAGUUCACAUUUACCACAACCAAGCCAGUAAUGCCUUUAGAGUGGUGGGGCGUAAGAUCCAACCAGACCAACAGGUUGUGAUAAAUUGCCCAAUAGUUCGAGGGCUGAAGUAUAAUCAGGCAACACCAAAUUUCCACCAGUGGAGAGAUGCCCGACAAGUUUGGGGCUUAAACUUUGGAAGCAAAGAGGAUGCCGGGCAGUUUGCUACUGGGAUGCUUCAGGUAUUGGAUAUGCUAAGUGGAGCCUCUGAUGCAGCUUCUAGGGCACCUGCCGUUGGGGUGGACCAGAAAAACCAUGAAUGGCUCUGCAUACAGACAUUAGCUGAGGAUGUCAAAGCCAAGCUUCUGAAUGCUGCUUUAGAUGAAGAACUGCUACUUGGCCCACAAGCUUAUGUAUUCCAGAACCUGAAAGAGAGGAAAGGCAGUGAAACUGAAUUGUCUGUGCAACAGCAAUGCCACCCGAUAAGUAAACUCAGCAUGGCUGAUAUUGGUAGCACUCUGCUGUUUACAUUUCCGAGUAAUCUUACUUUAGUAUCCUUCAUCUUGGAAGUAAAUUACAGUUCUCGGAAGCUGAUUAUAGUCAAAGAAAUCGAACAGUCUGUCUGGGCAAAGCCCCUUUUCAGUGGAGGUCCAGAGAUGGUCACUGUUACUACUAUUAGAGCGAUAGGUUAUAUACAAAUGUUAACACAGUCUAAAAACUGCAAUGUUACAGUAAUAGUAAAGUAUCGACAAUAUGCAAUGUUACAUUCAUGGCAACAGCAGCUGGAACAGCAACGUCAGGAGCAACUUCGUCAGGAACAGCUGCGUCAAGAACAGCAACGUCAGGAGCAGUUAGAGAGGGAACAGAUGGAGAGGCGAGUUUCCAACGCAGGUAUUCCACCUCCUCCUGGACCUCCACCUCCCCCUGGACCUCCUCCACCCCCUGGACCACCUCCGCCUCCAAGUCAUUCUGGCCCGUCGACAGGAGCUCCUCCUCCACCUGGUCCUCCCCCUCCUCCCCCUCUCCCUGACAUCUCUGGAGGUGAAGGAGGAGGUGGUGGUGGAGGUGGGUUAGCUGCAGCUCUUGCUGGUGCCAAACUUCGAAAAGUUGCCAAGGUAGAAGAAAGUACCCCAGUGGGUGGUUCCAGUCCUGUGUCAACAGGCAGAAAUGAUGCCACUCGUAGUAGUGGAGGAGGUGGUAGUACUUCUGGAGGUGGUGGCGGUGGCCUCAUGGAAGAAAUGAGCGCAAUGCUGGCAAGACGGAGGAAAGCCACUGACAAGCCUGCUGCACCAAAGAAGGAGGAUGAACCUCCCAGUGAUAGCUCUGAAACCUCAGGUACCAAGACUCCAAGUCAGCAAGGUGAAUCAGUCAAGCGACCAUGGGAAAAAUCUACUACUCUGCCUAGGAGUAAUACAGUCGCAAAAAGUAUUGAAUCGACAAGUCCCUCCUCGGCUAGCAUGACUUUUCCUAGGGUUAAAUCUGUUGUCAGUAGCAGUGAUAGUGCCUCAACAGAUGACACAGAUCUAGGACGCCUUAAGCAGGAGCUGUUAGAAGAAGUAAGAAAGGAGUUGCAGAAAGUAAAGGAAGAGAUUAUUGAAGCUGUUAUCCAGGAAUUGAAAAAGAAAGGGUCCACAUAAUGUUGUGUCAGAGCUGUGCACCGUCAUUUUUCCAGCUGUAACUGUCCGGGGACCAGUUGCCCCCGCAGGAUCGGAGGGAAUUUCUGAUGCCAAGGACCAGAAUAUUCUGGAACAUUCCUGUUUGGUUUUUGGCAGGAAGAAUGAAACUGAUAGAAAGAUGAUUUUUUUAAAGAAAAAAACAAGAAAAAAAAUUUAAAAAACAAAAAAGACUGCUUUUUAUACUGAGCUUGGGGCCAUUGUUUUGAUUUAGCAAUAAAAGAAAAACGGUGAGAGAGAACUAAAAUUAAAAAAAAAAAAAGUCUUACUAAAUUACACAAGUGCUUAGAAGACAAGAAUGUGGUUUGGUUAAUGUGUUUGUUAGUCUGUAUUUGCACAACUGUCCAAGCCAGAAACCAAUUUAGUGCUGUAAUUAAUUUCCAUAUAAUGAAUUAGUGCCGAAUAUUAGCAGAUCACCAAGAUUACUGCCUAGAGGGGAUGGAUGUUGUGCUGCCUAGACUCGAGCUAGCACAUUUUUAAGACAGGGCCGUGACAUAGUUAGAACUAAAACUCCCCAGCACCUUCCAUCUCUCAGCUGCAGUCCAAAGGAAAGUGCUGGGUUAUGUAGAUUCCAAAGACUUUAGUUACAGCUUUGGAAAGGCUUGUUAAGGGUGUGUUUACACUGCUCUUUUUGAUGAUUAUUUGACAGAUGUGCUAUCUAGAUGUAAUUCUUUGCAGAUAGUCUGAAUGUAUGUUUAUUGUGGAAACCCAAAGACAAGUGGAAAUGUCUUAUUUUUAAUGUUGAAUGCCUUACAUGUUGGCUUAAAAUUCUUGCUACAGUUGAUGCAGCAGAAGUGCCAAGCACACAGUUGUUGUAAGUCACCCUUUGUUUUUUGUCUACAUACAGUCUCUGCACACCAUGGGGCAUCAUAGAGCAAAAGGAAGUGGUUUCCUGUUGUAGACCUUUGGUGCUUUGAGUCAGGAUGUGUAGAACUGUAAAAGUGAGUAAUGUAUAUUUUACACUGGUGUUAUUGUCAGCAGGCAGACUGCUACAUGGAGUACAGUUGGAUGUUCAAGGGCUGUGCCUAUUGCUGCAUGUCAGUACAUACUAAGGCAGUGCAUCAUGGGUGAUUGCUUGCUUUUUGCUAGACCAGUGUUUUGAUUUUCUUUUUCUUUUGUAGAAGUCACUGUACAGCAGUAAACUUAAAGCUUUUUCCGUUUCAUUUAGCUGUGUGGCAUGCAAGCUUGGGUAAUCCCAGUGGAUUCAGCAAGCUGGGAUGCACUUAGUGUCCCAACUGUAUUUGGAGGUUGGCUGACCAAUGAAUGACUGACUUUCCUUGUUUCUUGAUUUCCUGUGAAGGUGGCAGUGUGGAGUUAGCACUUCCUGUUUCCUAACAGUUUUCUGACUCGCAUGCCUCGAGGCAGGAUCACCAGAAAUGGCAAAGGAAGCCUGAUGUACAACUCUGUUUCUAUAUAUACAGUUGUGCGUACGUACUAAUAAUAAGUGGACAUUCUUAUCCUUCAUGGAUAUCACACAGUAAUGAGUGAUGCUUCCUUUUUUCUACUAUGCUAAUAAGUUGCUGUUUUUCUAGAUAUUUCCAUCGUGUCAUAUUGUUACACCAGUGUGCAGUUUUUGUAGAGUGCAGAAGACACCCUUGAACAUGUGCCAAAUAAGUUGGUGUUCCCUGUUGCUGAGUAUGCUAAAUGUAAAGGGUUUGCUUUUAUGUAAAACCAGAAACCGUGCAGGUCACAUUGUGCCAGACAGUACAAUACUAAGUUGAAAGAUUUUUACUCAAAAUGGAUUUCAUUACAGGAAAUGUAAAGUUCCAGAGUCUGCAUUAAUUAUAUAUGCGUAAGCCAUGAGAUAUGAGGAAACGUGUACAUACAGAUCCCCCUUUUUCUGGCAGGUCAGCACCACAGAUUUAGUUUAAUAGUAAUCGGGUAAUGCUGUAGUGAAUGCCGAAUGCAUCACAUUUGUGUACUUGGGAGUAGCAUACUUCCAGGCUGUUGACCUCACUUUAAUUCACAUUUGGGAAAGUUGUUCUAGAAGUCAUUUGCAGCUGAUUUGACAAAACAAUAAAGAUGGAUGACUUUAGGAAUUUGGCCAUAUUUGUAUUAUACUGCUUAGAUCUUCUUGUGUGUACAGAAUUGCCUCAAGAGUUGUUCGAGACAGGGCAGUUUCAACUUGCUGUUUAGAAAAACAUGUAUGUGGGUAUUUUAUGGAGGGUUUCUGACAUUGUAGGGAACAGAUCAUUCCUGGGAAUGAGGUUUUGUGGCAGUAGAGAAAAGAAAUGUAUUUAGGGUGUAAGAUAACAUGAUCUUCUCAUUUCCUUGGGCUGUUGGAUAUUUCACCCAAUCAGCAUAUUCAUAAUUUAGUUCACACUGUCAAGUCAAAAUCUACAUUUUUUUACUCGUAGAGUUUCCUUUAUAACUGAAGUUGCACUUUGAGGAAGCACAGAUUAGACUAUGAUAAACAUUUUUGUUACACAGACCAAUAAACUGUGCUAGUUCUGUUGUACUGUGCGUGUUAUUAGCUAAUAAUCACGUCUUCCUCACCCACACACGUCUGGGCUGUAGGAGUUGUGCAGUUUGCUUGUUCAUUUUAAGUAAAAUUGCUUUCUUUUAGUGGUUAGGCUUUCUUUUUUAAUGUUGCUUUAGCAGUCGUUUGAUUUUAUAGGCACAGCCUAAAAACAUAUUAAAACCACAUUACUUGUCUUUUCUUGAAAAUUACCAAAAAUAUUUGUAGGUGUAGUAGAAUUGGAAACAAGAAUUCUCUCUCUGUUUUUCUGAAAUUCAAAUGACUUUGUACUGUUUAAAUAAGCAUUAUGAGUUUUAUAACUCAUUUAGCUUUCUUUGUAUGUGUAUUUUUGUUUAAUGUGGAAGCAGAGUCAUCCUUGUUAAUUUUUUAUUCUUCUGCGAUUGGUUGUUGCUGAUACUGCUGUGCCAGUAUUUUUGAGCCAUCUCGUUUGUUAGAAAGAUUGUUUGCCUGUCUUGGUCCUCAGUAACGUGUAGUAAAUGGUGAACAUUUUAAACCCUAGCCUGUAGUAGGUACAUUGGUUGGGGCUAAAUGUAUUCCUUACAGCAAACUUCUUUAAAUUCUGAGCAUGGCUUCUUUUUUCCAUACUGUGGCAACAUAAGAAAAAAGUUAAGUGGUAAAACCACAGUAAAUGUACUUGUAGAGAGUUGGAGAGCUCUUUCUGUAAUCUUUGGACAUCAGACUUAUGUGAGUUGCAAGAAAGACACAAUGGUGCCCUUACACAUAAGUGUGUCUUCCUUGCCACCACUUAAUAUAUUUUGGCAGUUACUUUUGCUGAGAUCUAUGCAUUACAUUUUUUUUUCUGGUUAGUGUUAUACAAGGAAGUGUCUGGUGCCCAGAAGGUUCAGUAUGAGAGCUGUGAUUGUUUUUAUUAUAGCCCUUUCCCCUCAAAUGCCUUGCACUUUGUGUAGAGCAGUGUAGCUUUUCCUCUGAUCUUGUGCUUUAAGGUUAUUUGAUGAUCCUAAUAAUAAUGUUAUAGCUAUUUAUAAUCCAAGUACGGUUUUAUAGUUGAGGUAGUUGACACAUUAUUCUUAAACUUGUUACUCUUUUAUAAAGUACUAUGCAGUCUGGUAAUUUAUCCUGCACUGGAAAAACCAGUGAGGUACAUUUUAAUGUUGAAAGGUGUAUAUAAUGCUGGAAAUUGAGAUUAGAGAUGUACAUAUAGUCUGUCAUUGACCCCAAGUAUUAAAGUAUUUAGUCGUGGUGGUAUGACUGCUAACAGAAGAAAAGAAAUGGUUACUUGCCUUUGCCAGUCCAGCUUUAACACACUUAACAUGUUUCCUCAUCCUAUUAAGAAUUUCAAACCUCCAUCCAAGUAAUUUUGAGACAUGCCUGUCCCUUCCUUUGCUUUUCAGAUUGCUUGUGUGUUACAAACCUAUUUCUUGAUGCUGGGCAAGAUUCUUUUAGAUAUGGUCCGCAAUUUGUAGGGGUAUUGCAGAGAGAAAACCCAUACCCCGGCCCUACGCAUUUCACAUGUCUCUAGGCAGCUUGAAAUCAUGCCUUUGUAGUAUAACACAUGCUGUUGUGAUACAGGUGAUGUGCUGCAUUUGUGCAAAAGGGGAUGGCUGUAUGCGGGAAAAGCUGUAUAUAAUCCAUAAACGGCAGUUGCUGUACUGUAAGUCACCAUCCAGCUGCUUGGCAAAGUCUCUGUUUGAGCAACAACCAAUUCUGUGUUUGAGCAACAACCCACAAGCACCAGGUUAGCUGAUGCUUUCAUUGCCAUAGCAACACACUUGACAUGAGGAUGAAUUCCAUUGCAUCUACUAUCAGAAUGGUCACAAUGUUAAAGUAAAUCAAAUAUGUACAAAAUAGUACCCUUCCAACUGUGUCAAAGAACUCGAGUGGCAGUCAAGUGUAGGUUAAGUAGGCUGAUGGACAGUUGUAUUGUACGUAAUAUAGUUUUGAUGUCUAUCAGUAGAAAGUAGGAUAUGUAGUAGCCAGUACAUUGCCUAUUUAAUGAGUAGAUAAUAUACAUGUAGCAUGUGCAGUAAACAGGGAAUUGGCUAUGUCAUUUGCUCUUCUGCUGUAUACUUUGGUUACAUUCAUAUCCCUCUUCACAUUAGUGGCCAUACCUUACCUUCCACUGUUCUUUGGUAUGAGUGCACAGCCCCAAGCUUACAUUUAAAUGAACUGCCAAACUAGAUAUUACAUAUUGGUAGUAACCAUUUUCUACAGCCUUCCUCUUUAACAGUCAGCAUCUAUCUAUAUCUAUUUAUAUCUAUGUGUUUAUAUAUAUAUAUAUAUAUAUAUAUAUAUAUAUAUAUAUAUAUAUAUAUAUAUACACAUACACACACACACACACAUACAUAUAUAGAGAGAGAGAUUACAUGUAGGAAGGAUAGACUGACUAUGCAUAUUUUUGAAAAAUAUGUAUAUUAGAAAAUAAUCUACAUUGCUGAAAUAAGUACAUUUUUGACAUGUAAUCAAUUGCUUUUCACACUUGGUUGAAAUAAUUGUUCAUUGACAUUUGCAUAUUUAUGCUGUGCUCCCUAAUUAUAUUUGGCAGCAGGCAUGGAUCUGCAUACUAAAAGUAACUCUCUGAAGUGUUUUUUUUUUAGAAGGCUGCAGGGUUUUCAGAAAGGUAGAAUAAAUUGCUCCUCAGUAUUUUAUAAAGGGUACUGUUUGCAAGUGAAAGAAAAACAUGGAUUAACUAAUAUAUGAGAUCAUAUUUAACAAAAAUAGGCAUCAUAGAUGUCAGCUAGUCACAAUGAUGGAAUUACUGGUGCAGGAUUUCGACAUUAAUGAAAUAUGUUGAGUGUUACGUUUCAGGUACCAGAUACUGGGGAUAUGUACUAAAAGGGUGGGGUUUGGAAGGCAAGUGUGCCUUGGUUAUUUACCACAUGAGAAUAACAAUCAAUAAGGUGUUUGGGGAAUGCAGGUAACUGCUUUCACAUCAAUGCUUGGGAAAGAGAUCAGGUUCUGCCUAUAUCAUUACUAUGUGUAUCUGUGAGUAAGAGAUUCUUUGUUGAUACUGUAGUUGUCUUGUUAUCCAAAGCAGAGCUUCAAUCUGUGCAAUGAAUUUCAAUCAGCAGAGUGAAAUAUAUGUAUUUUGGGUAACUGGAGUAAGAAAUAGCCAAGUGCUGAAUAUAAGUUGGCUGUUACUGAAAAUGUUGAUGGUCAUAAGUGUACAGUUUACAACUUAGCCUCAUAUAGGGCAAAUUAUUCUGGUUAAAUGCUUGAUUUGGUUUGUGAAACAGGGUUGUAACCUGAUACCUACUGAGCAGCUCACUUUCCUUGUUUUAUAGUUAAUGUAUAUUACAGCAAGUUGAAAUUGUGUACAAUGUGCAGUGUGCAAGAAAAUACGGUAUGUGCUUUCCUGUUUGUGGUUAAUACCAAACAGCAGCAGGCUGUCAAAAACAAAGGAGUGUAUGCAGCUUUCAAAGAGUUCUUGAUAUGUUUUUGAUAAACAUGUGAGGGUGCAUCUUCACUCAACCCCCAUAUAUGUCUAAAAUAUAAUUCAGUGCCUAGAACAUACUUUCGGGUAGUAUGAUGUAUAAUUUAUUCUGAUGUGUAAUGUCAAAAGUAAACAUUGUUGGUUGGAACAUGUGACUUUGGAUUUCUUCACAGUGAUGCUGUGAUUUUAUAAUUUGAAUUUUCAGCACUGCCAUUUUUAGUUAAUGCUUGAACAAAAUGUAAGUUGCAGCUGAAAUGGAAUCUUUGUGCUUCAGGGACACUUAAACAGCAAUAUUUCAGUCUGUGUUAAAGUGUAAAAUGCACUUUAAAUUUAAAUAAUAUCAAAACAAUGGCUCUAAACCUUUUUAAGUGUAUGAUUUUUAAAUUCUUGCCACUUUAUUGCAGAUGCCUUUGGAGUUUGAUUUUUUUUUGUUUAUUUUCAUCAUCGGGAUGUAUUUUUUAAGCGAAAGUAUGUUUCUAUUACACAUUUGGUGACUGGUAGUACAUGUUUCACUUUUUUAGUUAUUAGAGGGUAGAUGUGACUUGUAUGUAACCUUUAAUUCACUGGGAUUCUUUUGUAUUAUUUAGAUACACUGGAAAUUCUGCUGCAUUUACAGCCAAACACAGCUGCUAGUUUGUGUUGUAAUUAAGUAAUGCUGUAUUUUUAUUUUUAAAUGAAAUGUUUUGCCUUCUGAUGUGCAACAUUUGGCGUGCUUCAGCUAGACUUUGGGUGGGAGUGGGAGAUGAGGAGUUGUGGGUUUGAAUGUCUUCAUUUCUACAUUUAGCCUUUAAGCACGUCUGGCCUAGCAGUUCAGAAAGAGCCCGGAGAUGUGAAAUUGAAAAACUAGGGCUGAAGUUCACAGGUUACUGCCACUUAUAAUAUAUUGUGACCCUGAGUGAGCCGUGGAAAUACUGCUUCACGACCAGAACUUGUGGCACAACUCAAUAAACAUUGCUGUACACAAA